AUGAGUACGUUCAAACAGCGGCAAAGCAUUGCUAAUUUGUUGCUCGGAACAAAUAUGAACGAUGACGAAGAUGCUCGGAAAACAAUAUUCAUAUCGAACUGUUCCAUCGAGAAACUUCCGGAUAAGGUGAUUCUGCACAUCUUUUCCUACCUGAGCCACUUGGAAAUAUGCCGCAUGGCUACGGUGUGUCGCCGUUGGCGUACGAUAGCGUACAACACGCAGCUGUGGAAGAAUGUGUCGCUGCGUCCGGAAGUUUCGGGACUGCACGUAGGUUCGCUGGAAUCCUUGCUGCAGCUCAUCUCCGUCCGGUUCGGGCCAUCGCUACGCUACAUCGAGCUGCCGAUUGAGCUGAUCACGCACACCGUCCUGCAUGAGCUGUCGUCCAAAUGUCCGAAUCUGACCCAUAUGCUGUUGGAUUUCUCUACCGCCAUGCAGUUGCAUGACUUCAGCGAAAUGCAAGCUUUCCCGGCCAAGCUGCGCUACAUGUGCAUCUGCCUGUCGGAGGUGAUCUUCAUGGAGGGUUUCAUGCGCAAAAUCUACAACUUCAUCAACGGUCUCGAGGUGUUGCAUCUGAUUGGCACGUAUGAGAAAGGUGAGGAGGAAGAGGAGGAAAUCUAUGAGGUCAUCAACGUGCACAAGCUAAAGUCCGCCACACCGAACCUGCGCGUGAUCAACCUGUACGGCAUCAACUUCAUCGACGAUUCGCACAUCGAUGCGUUCAGCUCGAACUGCAUCCAGCUCGAGUGUCUGGCGGUCAACUAUUGCAACAAGGUCGUUGGGUCGACGUUGAAGGCGCUGCUGGCAAGAUCAAAGCAGCUGAAGUGUUUGCUGAUGAACGGCACGAACCUGAAGUCGGAAUACGUGAUGCAAGCGGAGUGGGACAAAUGUUCGGUGCAGGAGCUGGACAUCUCCGGUACCGAUCUGUCGAGCGAAUGUCUGAUCGAUGUGCUGACGAGAAUUCCUACCCUGCGCUUCUUAAGUGCCGGUCAGAUUAACGGGUUCAAUGAUUCUGUGCUGAAGGCAUGGAUGGAAGGUGGCAACCCGAAGACGCUGAUCGCUCUGGAUCUAGAUUCAUCCGACAAUGUGUCGGAUGAAGGGUUGGCCCGGUUCAUUACGCGCUACGGCGCACAGCUGCAGGCGUGCGUACUUUCCGGCAUGACUCACAUUACGGAUCAGCUCUGGAUGACGAUCUUACCGAUUCUGACCAACACCCGCAUCGUCGUGAUGGGUACAACGGAACGUCUGAGCGGUAACAUACACGUGGACCAGCUGAUGGAUACGAUUGGUUCGUCUUGCCCCAAGCUGGAACGGUUGGAACUUCGCUGGGAUCCGGAAAAUCUACGUUUCUCCGACAAGAGCCAGAAGGCGAUCGAUUUGCUGCGCGUUAAGUGCUUGAAGCUGCGCUGUCUCGUGCUGAGUGACGGGCGUUACUAUGAAACGGUAAAAGCUAACUUUGAACGUGCUGACCGUACGACCGUAGUGCGCACAACUACCAGUUGCCGCGUGUCGGCAUACCAUGUGCUGAGCAAUUACAACGAUUUGGUUUUCAACUGA